CAUUAUCAUUGUUACGAGGUCAAGUCAUUGAUUGGAGGAUGCGAAGUCUAAGACGGAACAUAGGAAGAAGCUUGCAGGGUUACGGAUUCGGAGAUCCUAAAAUUGCAGGGUCGGAUAAUGGGAAGAAGCUUGGAAUCUUCGAUUCUGUAUCUUGCUGUUCUCCCAUGACUUCCCAAAGCCUCAACCCUUCUUCUCCUUAGCUCCCACGGCUCCAACCUUCUCUCGCACUCCCGGACUCUCUUUCUUCAAACCCCACAACAUCAAUUUCCAAUUUACCUCGUUUCGUUUCACAGAUGAAACUCCAAUUUGUUGAUAUAUUAUGCGUAUUAUUAUUUAUCGUAGUCUCGGUGUUUUCGAGCUCAGUAGGCGAGUUAUCGCUUUGGAAUCCGUAUGGGGAUGGCUUAUCUCGAAGCCCAGGCCGAUCUCUCUUGUCUCUCGCACCUGAACAUAGUACCGCACUGAUUGCUGGCCUGGAUGGGACAGUCCAUUUGAUGGAGAGUAAUUCUAAGAGAGUUAUCUGGUCUUUUGCAUCAGGAACACCAAUUUACACUUCGUAUCAGGCUCCUUUCAGAGAAGAUAAUGAUAAAGAAAAUGCACCUGGACCAAAUGGCAGAUUCUUCUUAGAUUGUGGAGAUGACUGGAGCUUGUAUAUGCACACCGAGCACUUUGGUAGAAGGAAACUUUCAAUGACUAUUGAUGAAUUUUUCAAAAAUACGCCAUACAUAUCAGAGGAUGGAGCUGUUACGCUUGGAUCUAAGAAAACUACUGUGUUUGAGGUUGAUCUUAGGACUGGAAAACUGAUCCGCACUUAUAGAUUUGAUUCUCCAUCCACAUUGCGGAGUGAUGAAACUCAAAGUGUUUCAUAUUAUAAUACAGCUAAUAAGGAGUUGGUAAAAUCUGGUCCUAAGAACCCCGAUAUUGUUGAUUUGCGACUACACAUCACAAGGACAGAUUAUACAUUGACGUCUUUUGCUCGAGACUCAGAAAAAACUUCAUGGAAUAUGACAAUUGCUGAAGUUGGGGCUUCUUUGCUAUGUCUAGAUGCUUCUAGUGGGGCUCCAUUGAAUUUUCCAGAUAAGCCUGGUUCUGAAAUUGGCAUUGAUUUUGCUAUCCCUUUGUCAUGUCACACAAGAGCCGCUGUUUUCCGCCAUAGGAGUCAUACUUUGCUAGAAUCCUCUAGGUCUGAAAGAAUACCUGGGGCUCAUCUUGAAGAUAUGAUGCUCCCAAUGCCUCCUUCAGGUCUGAUGAUUCCUACACAACCCAAGGUUGAUGAAUUUGUAGAUAUUCAACAUGAAAAUGUUAUGCUCCCGGCCCCUACUCCAAACUCUAUGCUGCCUUUGCAACCAAAAACAAACAUUCAUCACAGAGAUGAUAGGGAAGCAAUGCUUCCACUGCCUCCAAUGGAGAUUGACGAUACCGGGAUUGUGAAUGUGCAUGGCAUUAAAAUUUAUCUUAAGCGCGUAUUAAGCAUGUUUUUUGAAUGGUCAACAUCAUUGUCUAUCAUUGUGUUCGUGAUCAUUCUUGUUGUUGGCCUUGUUGUUAAAGGCUAUGUUCGGGUGGUUAAAGAACAAGCUUUGUUGAAUGAGCGGCCCCAUGAUUCUAGCUCAAAAACUGCAUCUUCCAAGAGGAAGAAAAAUAGAAAAUCGGGAAAGCAGGAUAGUGUUGAGACAAAGGAUAAGCAUGUUUCAUCUGAAAUUGGAGAUGUAUUUUCACAUAUUGAUGGUGAAAAUAAAAUAUCGUUGCACCUUGAUAAGCUUCUAGAUGGUAGCUCUGAUGGACGUAGGAUAGGUAAACUAUUCGUAUCAAACACAGAAAUUGCUAAGGGAAGCAAUGGUACCAUUGUCCUCGAGGGAAUCUAUGAAGGUCGACCAGUUGCUGUGAAACGUCUUGUCCAAGCUCAUAAUGAUGUGGCUUUUAAAGAAAUUCAGAAUCUUAUUGCAUCUGACCGGCAUCCAAACAUUGUUAGAUGGUAUGGAGUAGAGUAUGAUCAAGAUUUUGUCUAUCUCUCUCUAGAGCGUUGUACUUGCAGCUUGGACGAUUUGAUCCUGAUUUCUUUAGAUUGUUCACAAUACCUAAUGUUCAAAAAGGACCAAGCUAUGAGAGGUAUGGUCGAGUAUAAAGCCCACUUGGAAUCAAUGAAGGAUAUUAUGCCCGGUCUUAAUUUGUGGAAAGCAAAUGGCUAUCCGUCACCUUUAUUAUUAAAGAUUAUGAGGGAUAUGGUUUCCGGGCUGGUGCAUUUGCAUGAAUUGGGAAUAAUUCAUCGGGACUUAAAGCCUCCAAAUGUGUUGAUAAUCAAGGAAAGUUCUGUAUGUGCAAAGCUUUCUGACAUGGGCAUUAGCAAGCGCCUUGUUGAGAAUAUGUCUUCCUUGGGUCAUCAUGCUACUGGUUGUGGUAGUUCUGGUUGGCAAGCACCAGAACAACUUCUUCAUGGGCGCCAAACCCGUGCUGUAGAUUUAUUUAGUUUAGGCUGUGUCAUUUUUUUCUGCAUCACUGGAGGUAGACAUCCAUUUGGCAAUCAUCUUGAACGUGAUAUCAACAUUGUGAAGAACCAAAUGGACCUCUUUUUGGUUGAACAUAUCCCUGAAGCUCUGGAUCUUAUUUAUCGUUUAUUAAACCCUGACCCUGAAUUAAGGCCAAAGGCAUCGGAGGUGUUGCACCAUCCUCUGUUCUGGAGUUCUGAGAUGAGACUCGCAUUUCUUCGGGACACUAGUGACAGGGUAGAAUUGGAGGAUAGGGAGACUCAUUCUAAUCUCUUGCAAGCAUUAGAAAGAAUUGGAGUGGUGGCAUUAGGUGGGAAAUGGGAUGAAAAGAUGGAAACUGCAUUUAUCACUAACAUUGGUCGUUAUAGGCGGUAUAAAUUUGAUAGUGUCCGAGACUUAUUGCGUGUCAUGCGAAACAAGUUGAACCAUUAUGGAGAGCUCCCUAAAGAAAUUCAGGAGCUUGUAGGACCAGUUCCUGAAGGAUAUGAUAACUACUUUGCAAGUCGAUUUCCAAAACUUCUAAUCCAAGUAUACAAAGUUAUUUACAGAUACUGCAGGGAAGAGGAAUGCUUUCAGAAGUAUUUCAAAACCAAUGUUGAAUGCCUCUUUGGCCUCUUCUAAUUGCUUAAUUAAGAACUACUUGUGGCUGCAGUUAGUAUCUCAAUAUUGGUGUAUGUUAUUGAAACAGGUUGUUUAUAAAUGUAAAUGGAGUGGUUAAAAAAAACUUA